AUGGGGGUAGUGGGGUAGGCACCGGAUCUGGAAGCCUCAGACGUCAUGGGCAGAGUGAGGAACCCGACCACUGCUCUGCGGCGGAGGCUAAAACGGCCCGGGGACCCUCCCGCCUCCUGCGCGGCGUUCCGGGUCACCCGCGCCAGCCGCCGGCAGCGCCCCCGGGUCAGAGUCGGGGUCGGGAGCCCCGCGGCGGCCAAGAGGUGGCUGGGAAGGUGGUGGCAGAGGCGCCGAUGGCGGCGGGUCCGGGAGAGACGCACUAGAGACCCGCUGCCCUCCGCACCACCCGCGGACCGGCAUGAGCCAGCCGCGUCCCCCCAGGACCUGGACCUGGGCGCGCAGCGGGAGCGCUGGGAGAAGUUCAGGAAGCUGUGGGGUCUCAGCUGCGAGGGCGCCGCCAAGGUCCUGCUGGACACCUUCGAGUACCCGGGCCUCGUGCAUCACACCGGGGGCUGCCACUGCGGCGCGGUCCGCUUUGCGGUCUGGGCCCCCGCAGAUCUGCGCGUCGUGGAUUGCAGCUGCAGGCUGUGCAGGAAGAAGCAGCACCGCCACUUCCUCGUCCCGGCCUCGCGCUUCACGCUGCUCCAGGGCGCGGACAGCAUCGUCACCUACCGCUCCAACACGCACCCGGCGCUGCACAGCUUCUGCAGCAGGUGCGGGGUGCAGAGCUUCCACGCCGCGGUCUCUGACCCCCGCGUGUACGGCGUCGCCCCGCACUGCCUGGACGAGGGCACCGUGCGCAGCGUGGUCAUCGAGGAGGUCGGCGGUGGCGACCCGGAGAAGGAGGACGCCGAGGAGCACAAGGCCAUCCCCAAGACGUCCUCCCGGUCAGUCCCUGCCUGUGUCCGCGAACAGCAACAGUGACUGUCCGCGCAGAGAGGAACAGCGCAAGCACGCCCGAAACCCGCCGGCCGGCCGGCCCCGCGCGGA